AUGGCACAGAAGAGUCACCCCAAGGAUUCAGGAAGAGUGAACGGCGCGAACGAAGUAGAACCAGAUAGGAAGUUUACGACGCGGCGGAGACUGGAGCACCAGAGAGGAAGUCGAGGAUCAGGAGGACUGUCAGGUCCACCCCAUCUUCAACCUCCUGCACCUGGGCGACAUUCCCCAUCUCCAAGAGUCGUAGCCACGGAGCCCAAGUUAGAUCGCGAGAUGGCUCAGAAAGUCGAGAACUACGCAGCGGAAGUGACCAAGUUGAGACGAGAGUUAGAAGCGGAGAGACGAAGGAAUUCCACACCCCCGUUAGUCCAGGGCACCAUCAGCUUCUCAGUGGAGUCGGAAGAGAGAACGUUGGAAGUUAAUGCGAGUACGCGAACGAGCAAGGAGAGGCAGGUGGACGAAGAUAGGACGACGGAGAACGAUGUCAGAGACGACAACAGCACGGUUACGUUGGCGCGAGUGUAUCAGUCAACGGAUCCUCCAGCCAAGCGCAGUGACUCGAGGAUUAUGGACGGUUCAAUUCAUGAAGUUUCCGAGUACGACAGCAGUUUUGGACGAGCAGCGCGUGAGCAUGAGUUUAAAGAGCCAAGGCCUCCUGGCCUUGAGCUUAGCCAAGUUCCGUGCGGCAGGUUUAGUGAGACGUGGACGGGCGAUAGCGAAGAACGAGUGGCAGGAGUGGCCCAGCCUAAAGACCCUCCUAGCAGGCGGAGUAGUCUUUAUAUGGAGUCCGAGAGCAGUGACACAAGCGAGUUCGAGUUCGAAGAGUUGAGACCUCCCGACCCAGACCUUACUUUAGACAAGAAGGGCGGUGUGAGGCAGGCGAGUUCGAGUUUUGAUGUGUGGAUGGACUUGGCGAGAGGACAGUUCCAUCGAGAGAGAUCGGCGAUGAGAGAGACGGAGAUGCGGAAAGGAAAGGUCGCAGAAAGAGAUGAGGUGAGGCCUUCGGUGGCCGGAACCUUGGGGUCUGUGCAAAGGAAGUUAUCCUUUGAGGUUGACCUGAUGAUGAGUGGCGAGGCAGAUAGAUCGGCCUCAGGAGGAAGGAAGUCCAAGAUGACUAGGACUUAGUGAUGAUCAUGUACGAUAGGACGAGGACGGAAAUUUUGUUUGGAAAUAUUUAUGCGGGGACGGGAAGACAUUUAUGGUUUAACUUAAAUUGUCGAGGCUCGCAGGACGAGUAGUUCAUUCUUAGGGGACCUCAUGCGCAUUGUGAGGGACCACAAUAAGAGCUAGGCCUGUAUGUAGGCG